GUGGAAAUAAACCCAGGCCACAGUCUUCGCUGCACCAACUCACCCCUAUCGAAAUUAAGAACAAUCAGUGAUCCAAUUUAUCCAUAGCUCUCUCUCGAUUCUCGUUGUUUCUCUCUUCUCUGCCUUUUUACUCCAAAAAAAACCCGAAAGAAUAUCUCCCAAGGGUAUUUCUUUGUUUACAUUUACCACCUUGAAUUUCUUGGGCUGAAAAAUAAAGCUGAGCAUGGUCUCAGACGCUCCUGUUUCAUCGGGUGACGAUGACAACAACGUGGUGGUGAUGGAGAAACCAGUUAGCAGGUCUUCCCCCAACAAAAAGAACCUUGGGAAAGUUCCUAAGAAAAUUCAUAAGGCUGAGAGGGAGAAGCUGAAACGUGAUAAUAUGAAUGUGCUAUAUUUAGAACUAGCCAAAACUCUUGAACCAGCUCAUCAGAACGGCGGAAAGGCCUCUACUAUUAGUGAGUCCAUUCGACUACUUCAGGACCUACUGGCUCAGGUUGAUAAUCUCAAAAGGGAGAAUGCAACUCUUUCAUCUGAAUCUCGUUACAUAACUGUUGAGAAAAAAGAGCUAAAAGAGGAGAAUUCUGCGCUGCAAGUUCAGAUUGAGAAGCUGCGAAGUGAGAUAGAGGAGAGGGUCCGUUGCCAGUUGCCAUGGAAUUUAGAUCCUUCCCAACUGCGAAGCAACACUAUUGCACGACCACAGCUGGAAGAUCAUCUCGUCUUGCCAAUAAUGGACCAUGCAUCACAACCAGCACCUGUUGUAGCUCCCGUCUUUGUUAUGCCCUUACCUCAGGACCUUCAAACGCAGCACGAGCCUGAUAGUCUGGAGGCUGCGUCUAAGCUUCCGGCAAGUGUGACCAGACCGCAUGCUCGCUAUCCAUCACCAUCCGAUUCUUGGCCAUCUCAUAUUCUUGCCAAACAGUCAAAAGCAACGCACCACACUUGUAGUCAUAGUAGUAGCUCUAGCACCAGCAGCAGGGAAGACCAAGGCUUCUGCAAUCAGUGAGCCUGUUUUGUUGUAAUUGGUGUUGUGUCGGUUAAUAUGAGGGAUUCGAAAUGUUCGUUUAUUUGUGUACAUUAUGGUGUAUCAUCUGCUCAAUAGCAAUUUGGAUAAACUUUAGGGGCCUUUCUGCAUUUAGCGUAUUAAAAGAUAAGGAUUUGAAGUAGAGAAAUGAUUGGAGUAAGACACCGAGGGCAUGUUUGGUAUGCGGAAAUAGUUCCAUCUUAUAAACCAACUCAUGUUUGGUUAGAUUUAUUUGGGAAAUUAAUUUCGCCCGUU